AUGAAGUGUAGGAAACGCAAUAUCAUCAGGAAGCAAGGGUGGAUUUCCGAUGAGUAUGAGCAUCUGUGGCGGCGAGACGGAGGAGGGUCAGCCUGUCUUUGCUCUCAUGGCAUCCUGACUUUCCUGCUUCAAACACCGCGGGACGGCCGAGCCUUCUGUUCCCUGUCUCUGGUCAACCGCGAGCGCACCCAUUGCGGUGGCAUGUUCAUCGGCGACGACCACUACAGUCUCGACAAUCUGCUCUCUGGCCAGCCAUACCUCAACCGGCACCCAAAGGUCCCUCGUGACUUCGCCGUGCUGCCACUCAAUAUCCUGGUGUCCCACGUUGAAGAAACACUUGGCUAUGUCCAGCGCCUGGCUCGUGAACUGACGUCGACCGAAAAGCGCAUCGCUGAAGGAAACAUCAACCUCGACGACAACGGCGACUACAAGCUCCUCAACAGACUAAGCUUAGAACACUUGCGGGUCCAGCGGCGGUCGAACUUCGAGCUCGAGCUGGCUGAGAAUCUCACAAAAUACGUCGAUGAGUACCACAAUACGUGGCGCCAUCUCUGGGAAGGAGGAACGAGCUACAUCGAAGAAAUGCGUGAAAAGAUAGAGCAGCAGACUCGCUACGCAAAGCAAGUCCACCUCGAUCUCGAAGUCAUUCCAAGACGGAUCAAGAACCAGUCAAAGGCCAUCUUCAACUUCAUCGCCCAACGCGACAACGCACUCAACAUCGAGCUCGCGAAAAGCUCCCGCAAGAUCGCGGAGGAGAGUCGGCGAGACAAUCUCUUGAACAUCGAAAUCGCAAAAGCCACCGCACAAGUAGCGGAAGAGACCCGACAGGACAGCGCGGCGAUGAAGACGAUUGCUAUUCUCACCCUCACGUUCCUCCCCGGGACCGCCGUUGCCAGCUUCUUCUCAAUGGAGAUGUUCAACUGGCGUCCUGGGCCUGGUGAGCAGAUUGCUUCGCCGUAUUUGUGGGUGUUUUUCGUGGUGACAAUUCCGAUUACGGCGCUGGUAUACGUGAUUUGGCUUUGGUGGUUCAGAGUGUCGCAAAAGCAUUAUACUAAGCGGCACGAAGAGGGACUCGAUAACAUUGAGUUGAAGUUGAGGCAGGCGGUGAGAAGUGCUACGGGGACUUGGUGA